GACGCUCGCCAGCCAUUCUUUUUACUCCAUCGAUCGGCCUUCCUUUCCGGCCCCUAGCGGCUACAGGAUCGCAUCGCAUUCUACCCUUCUUUCCCUCCGCACCCAUCUCAGCAGUGGCCAACAUAUAUACCACGACUCGUUAAUCCCUAAUUCAGGUGUUGGAGGGGGCUGCGUUUGCAUUAUCCGGGAGUCGACUGUUUCUUGCUUCAUUCUACAGUAUCACAUUUUUACGGUGCAUCCAACGACGAGCUUAUCGACUGUCCAGACACAUACACUAUCAUUCAUUACCCCAUCCCAUACCCAAUCUGCACGUAUACUCUUCACGCAUGUCGUUUGACUCAGUUUCUUCCGGCUCGUCAGCGUCACACCCGCUCACAGUCGAUAUACCAGCGCAAUAUCCCCCUGAAAGCAAUUCUUCCUCCGUUAAUUCCUCCCUCAGCUCUUCCCCCACCGCCACGGGGGAAAUGACGAUACCAAAUCUCUCCCCCAAAGGAAUCCUUGAUAUACGAAAUCGGUCGGCACCUUUGCCUUCGUCUACGACUUCAUUACCAACGACAACAAUGAAUGUAAAAUUCGCCCCUCUGCCGGAAAUGGCUCCCCGGCGAAGACGUUCUACGGCGCCUCUAGGUGUGGCCGCGCGCAGUCAGCUAAUGCGCCGGCGUCGAGGCAUGUACGGGGAUGAGCCCCCUCCCGUUCCGUCGGGGAACGGGAUGUGGACAGAGACUGAGCUAGAAGAGCACGCGCGACGGUCCGCCAGUGAAGGGGGGCACGACCGUAGGGACCCCCAAGAGGAAUUCGAAGAUCCCUUUCGUGGCUCUCGGGAAAAUGAUGAAAGGAGCUUGGAAGAAGAUGUCGAACAGCAGUGGAAGCACCCGAGCGAAGACCAGCAGGGCUGUCGUAGUGUCGGGCAUGACAGAUUCAAUGCCACAGCAGGAGCCGCGGAGGAGUAACCUUAUCGUUCACGAAGACUCGGAAGCUGGGCGUGAGCAAGGGGGCGUUUGGGAAGAGGAGAUUGGACCUGCUAUACCGAGGAAUGUCGGUCAGACUGAAACGAUACGCGAGGUGGAGCACCAACAAAAGGAUCCCCGAUCAUCAUCAUCUUAACUUUAUAUCUUCUAUGCUAUCAUACAAUCAUUUAGGGUACUCAUUUUUUUUAGUUCUUCAUAUCGGGAUGUACAUAUUUUAUCGGAAGCUCAUAGAUAUUGGGCUUAAAUUAUGACGCGAGCCUCUUGGUUAUAUCUUUGCGAG